AUGCCCGAUGUUGCGGAGGCGAUAUGCAUCGACUCAGAGGAGGAACAGCUGGUGCCCCAGCCAAAGCGAAAGAAAAGGAAGAAGCAGAACGUACCUCAGGCUGCAAAGGAGCCUGUGCUGCUGCCAAGCUGCAUCGAUUUGGAUGCAGAAGAGGAGAAGGGCCAACAGGCAGCUAGCACUGAGCAACCAGCCCUAGAAGGUGCCAGUGGUACGACCAAGGCUGUUGCAACGCCUGCUCGGCUUUCGGUUGAAGCUGUUUGUCUGUCGUCUGACGAGGAGGGGCCCAUCCCGUCCAAGAGCAGUGAGGCCGCGCGUUCAGGAGUGGCAGACAGUGAGCUCGAACAACGGGCUCAGGACCUGGCUGACGCAGCGCUCCAAAACCUGCCGCCAGCUGCGCGAGCAGCGCGAUUAGUCAAGGUUAAGCACAGCAUUCUUGCACGACUUCGCUCCCAAGCAGAGACCGGAAGCCUUCCAAGCCUUCCAGCUGUUCCAAGCGUGCAAGUACAAGCAGAAGAAGUAGUUCCACCGCCCCCUCCGCCAGGGGAGGCGCCUCCUGAUGCCCAGCAGAUCCCAAGCGCAGGGCUGGCUCUGGGUUUGACCCAGCAGCCACAGCAGCCACA